GGUGCCAAGGGGACAGGACAAUAGGGACAGGGACACAGGGAUGUGGCGGUGGCGCUUGCGGGGGUGACUUGUGGCAGCACGGGGUGGCCGCGCUGUCGCCAUGGCCGGGAGGUCCCCGCUGUCCCCAUGUCCUGCGUGGGCCCGGGCUGGCCGCGCUGUCGCCGUCGCCGAGGGCUCGGUGCCGCAGCGGUGUCGCCACGGGGCCAGCUCGGGGCCAGCCCCAGAGCCCGGCUCCCGCUGCCGCUGUCCCCGCGCUGCCAGCGCCAGCCAGCCGUGUCCCUUGUCCCUUGCAGCCCAGAGCCUCGGCCUCGCUGGUGCCCCGAGCCCGCAGCUCCUCGUGGAGCCGCCCUGGAGGCCGGCGGUGCUGUGGGACCGGGUGACACUGACCUGCCGGGGCUCGGGGACCGCCGGGGACACCACCUGGUACAAGGACGGGCGGCGCUGGUGGCAGGAGAGACGCGACAGCUUCAAUGUCACCUGGAGUGGCACCUACGAGUGUUACAGAGCCGGCACCGGGCGCAGCCCCUCCGUGACCGUCUCAGACGAGCUCCUGGUGCUGCAGGUGCGGGCGGGGCCGCUGCUGGAGGGGGACACGGUGACACUGCGCUGCCGGAGCCGGUGGGAUAAACCGGUCUCCGGGGUGCGGUUCUACCACUGGGAGAAAGAUUUGGGUGAAUCCCGGUGGGGGUCCGAGCUGUCCCUGUCCCCCCUGAGGCUGCAGCACAGCGGCCAAUACCGCUGCGGGGCCUGGUGGAGCUCCUGGUCCUCAUUGUGGGAGCAGUCGGAGCCGGUGUCAGUGACAGUGCACGAGCUCUUCCCGGUGCCGGUGCUGGAGGCUCCGGCCGAGCUGCUCGCGGGGUCCCCCCUGAACCUCAGCUGCCUCAGCAGCCGCAGCCCCCUGCGGCCCCUCACCCCCCUCGUGCACCGCUUCUACCGGGACGGGCGGGAGCUGGGGGGCCCGCAGGGGUCCCCGCAGCUGCUGCUGCCCGCCCUGGGGCUCUCCGGCUCGGGGAUUUACAGCUGCGAGGUGCAGAGCCAGGGGGGGGGCCGUGCGGAAGAGCAGCGCCCCGCUCCGCGUCACGGUGCUCGUGCCCGUGGCCAAUGCCACCAUCAGCCCCGGUGCCCUGGGCCAGCAGGUGCGCGCAGGUGAGCCCGUGAGGCUGCGCUGCUCGGUGCAGGUGGGCUCAGCCCCUGUCACCUUCACCUGGCUGCGCCACGGCCGGGAGGUGGCCCGGGGUCCCCUGCUGGAGCUCGCCCACGUCGGGCUGGCACAUUCGGGCACCUACC